CAGAGGAACGAAGACCACGCCAUUUUGGGAGAGGUCCGUUCAGAGUUCGGAAAGAGUUCAGCCACUUGACUGUUGAAGACGUGGAAAGAAGUCAUAUGACUCAUGCUCAAGUGACUAAAAAGUUGGUAGACUUUAAGAAAGCUGGAAUGGAUAGUAUGAAUGACAUCAACAGUUUGUGUCAACCAAACGAAGACGAUAUUCCAGCGUCACAUCUCAGCAUAACUGUGGAAGAAAGCGGAAUAACCACAAUUCCUGCACCUAUACUUGACGCAAUGUUCGUGAGAGCCAAUAACUUGCUUGCAUCACCGGGAAGUGUUAUUCCAAAACCUGGUGCCGAUGACGGUUCUUACAUUGUGCAGGUUCUUCUAAUAACGUGCACAGUGUGA